AUGUUAUUUGGAUUAUGUCACUCGACAUAUUCAGAUAGCUCGUCCUCAUCCUCAUCUUCAUCGUCUUCAUCUUCUGAUGAUAAACAGAAAAAGAAGAAAAAGAAAAAGGCCAAAGGAAAGUCGAGUAAAGAUGAAAAGGAGAAGAAGAAAAUGAAGGACAAACCAUCGUCGAGUAAAAAACAGGAUAAACAUAAGAAGGAUAAGGACAAAUAUGCCUUGAAAGUUCGAAACAAGGAAUUAGCACGUAGAAGGCAGGAGAGUAGCAGCAGUGAGGAUGAAGAUGAAGACAGACAAAAGCAGAGUUCAAUGGCUCUAGGAAAACCUGAUGAAGAAAAUGUAUAUGACAACGUGCUACACCAACCACCGAUCAUCACCGCGAAACUUGUCGACGUUCCACUUCCCACUGCCCCAACCACACUGACGGCGAUGUUCUAG